AUGGCCGACUAUGACAGGAGACAGGGUGGCGGUUAUAAUCGCAAGAGGCGGUAUAGAGACGACGAUGACCAGUUCGACCGACGGCAGAGAAGGCGACAUGAUCCGGCGCCCGUGCCUGUUCGAUUCAGGAGACAGCUCGUCGCCGUAGCUGAGUCCCCCCUGCGACGAUGGGCCGACGAGGUGCUCUCCCUCGCGCAGAUGAUAUCCGAAAACUAUGACGAUGAGCACCUGCGCAACCUCUACGUGAGCCUGGUGCUGCAAAUGGUGCUCGAGCAGCCUUUAAAGACGCCCUUUGUCGCCGCUGUGGUGCUCGUUGCCAACGCGCUCAAGCCAGAGGCCAUGGAGAUUAUCCUCGAGCGCCUCGCCAAGGACCUGGAAAGCGCCAUUGCCGCUGGCCAGUGGACCGAGGUGAAGCUCUAUCUCAAGUUCUUGGCCUGUUUGCAGCGCAAUCUGGAGGGUGAUGGAGUAUUUCCCCUGCUGGAGGAACUCUUUAACCGCGCGGCCGAUCUGCAGACGGCUAGCUCUGAAGAUACUAUUGGAACCGAAAUCGUCAAGAUUAUCCUCCUCACGAUUCCCUAUGCCAUGGUCUCUGCGCCAGGCGAAUUCAAGCAAAAGGCCGCGGAGCUCAUGGACAAGACCGACAUCAUCGCCUCUGAGCCCCAUGCGCUGCAUGCGCUGGUCGAUCCGUACUAUACCCAGAGCAAUGAAGAUAGCCCGACUGCUUCUGCCAGCGUGUUGGUGCUGUUGCAGAAGCAGCUGCAAGCCGAGGCUGCGAAGGAGUGGGAGCUGGCAUGCUUGCCUCGCCCAUGGCAGAUGGGGCUCGAGGACGUAGAGACAAAGGACAAGAUUGAGAACGCGCGCAAGCACGCGAUCCCUGCCAUCUCUAUCCCGGCCAACAUGGUCGCCGGUCCCCGUGCGCUCUUCCCGGAGGUAUAUCUCUCCGUCUACUCGGAUCAGGACGACGUCGAGUCUGUGCCCGGCACGCAGCACAUUGCUUCGUCUCUUAUCCGCGACGUGCUCGUCGACACCGUCAACGGCCUCGAUUUCAACCGAAAUGCCACGGCUCGCUUCCUCAUGGACAUUGAUUGCUACUUUGCCGACGGCACCUUUGUGAAGCGCGCGACUCCGUUUGAUGAACUGCGCAACCUCGCCGGCAACAAUCGCUCCACGUGGAAGCCUGAGGAUGUCGCCGUCGACACGGUCUUUUCGCAGCUCCUCCAACUGCCGACGCCAAACUGCAAGCUUGUCUACUACCACUCGGUCCUCACGGAAGCCUGCAAGCUGGCACCGGCCGCCAUUGCGCCUAGUCUGGGCCGAGCUAUUCGCUACUUGUACCGCAACAAUCCGCGCAUGGACCUCGAGCUGUCGUACCGCUGCGUCAACUGGUUCGGGCACCACCUGAGCAACUUUGGCUUUACGUGGAAGUGGGCGGAGUGGUCGGACGAUGCUGCGCUGUCGGAUCUGCACCCGGCCAAGUGGUUCCUGAAUGGUGCGCUGGAUAAAGAGAUUCGCCUUAGCUUUGCGCAACGAAUUCAGAAGACGCUCCCCGAGGCGUACCAGCACCUCAUCGGUCCCGAGAAGGAGCAGGACGUGCCAGACUUCAAGUACAAGAAUCCAGACACCCCAUUCUCCGCUGAGGGUCAGGAAAUCGGCGCCCUACUGCGUCGCAAGGCCACAGACGAGGAGAUUCAGCCCACCAUUGACGCCAUCCAGGCGCAAGCCAAGGAACGGGCCCUGGACCCUGUCGUCACCAGCACGGACGUCUUCGUGACGGCCAUGUGCUGGGUCGGCUCCAAGUCGCUGAGCCACGUGCUCGCCUGCAUCGAUCGGAGCAAGGUCCGCCUCCUAGACGCCGGCGCCGCCUCGCCCGCAGCCCGCAGUCAAAUCAUUUCGUCCGUCAUGGCGUACUGGCACGCGCACCCCGGCGUGGCGCUAUCCAUUAUCGAGAAGCUCCUCAACUACUCGAUCCUGACGCCGUUUUCCGUCGCCGACUGGGCCAUCCUCGCGGAUAGCGCUUCGCACAAGGGCUCGCCUGGCGCGGCGCUCGCGCAGCCGCACAUCUACGAGGCCAUCUUCAACACCGUCUCCAAGGUGACGGCGCGCGUGCGCCAGCUCGUCACGGCGGCUGCGCCCAACAACAGCGAGGCCGCGGCCAUCGACGACGAGGAGGAGACGCGCGCCAAAGAGGUGGCGGACAUGACGGAGCUGUUCCGCACCAUCAACGACGCGCUCGAGGCGUGGGCGGGCGGCAGCAAGGACGAGCUGAUGCAGCAAGACGGCGCGAGCGAGACGGACGAUGCGCUGAUACGGCGAUGGGGCCAGCGCUGGCUGCGCGUGUUUCGGCGCCGCGCGGCCGUGGAGGCGGCGUUUGUGGCGGAGGCGACCAAGGACAAGAUGGUGGUGGAUGGCGAGAAUGGUAAUGCGUAG